AUGUCGAUUAAAGAAAGUCUCAAAGAGUUGGGCUGGCACCUGAGUGACGAAGGUGUGGAAACUGUUAGUGAUAAUGGUCAAAUACAGGACGUUCAAGUACUUUGCAAGCGUGCUUUAGACUUUGAUUUAAGAGACAUAGGAGAGGCAGCUUUUCCUGAAGAUUUUCUAAAAGAACCUAGUAAGCUAGAGAAGCCUAUUGUAGUUCAGAUUCAGAAAGUAAGAAAUGUGUCAGCUCCAAAGGCAAAUGAAGAAUCUACAUCGGCACCUCGUAUGUUAAAAUUGAUCCUUCAUGAUGGGAAAUGUACAUCUUCAGCAUUAGAAAUAAACCCUAUUCCAAGUCUAACAAUCAACACUCCACCAGGCACUAAGCUGUUACUUCUGAAUGAAGGGUUAGAAAUAUGUCACAAUGUUAUCUGGUUGAAUGCAAGCAUUCUGAAAGUGUUAGGUGGGAAUGUCUCCCAUAUGAUUGAAAAGUGGGAGUUAAACAGGAGCCUUGCCAAACACACCAGAGGUGUUGUUGAUGGUGGCCCGCCACCGUGGAUUCCGUUUGGUCAGCGAUUAGAAGCCAACCCAUUGGAGAAACAAUUUAAGAGUUUACAAGAGGCUGCUAAGCAAGAUAAUCCAGAAUUUGAAGCCCAACGUAAAGGAGCAAUAGCUGAAGCACAAAGAUUAUCUGGAGUAAAGAAGGUAUUUGGUGGAGGAACAAAACCGCUAUUGGAUGCUAACGUGCAGAAGAUCGUUGACGCUGGGUUUACUGAAGAACAAGCUGAAAAUGCAUUAAAGUACACAAAAAACAAUGUUGAUCGAGCACUCAGAAUACUACAAAAGAGAGACAACUCGGAGAAUAGAAAUAAAGAAAAACCAAGGGAAUCUGAACCAGCCUCAAAGAGAAAGGGACGCAAUAAAGACAAGGAUGACGACGAUGUAAUGCCUGUGAAACCAUCAGGAAAAGUCUCUCUUUUUGAUUUUUUGGAGGAUAAACUACCAAACGUUCCAGAAAAACAAAAAGAUCGAAGUAGUCGUGGUGAACACACAACGUCAAUAGAUGAUAGAAAUGAUAGGAAUUACGGUAGUAGGGAACGAAACAAUUCUAGGUUUAAUCAGAGGUCACAAGGCCCGCGGCACGAUAGGCAAGACGGACCUCGACAUCGCAAUGACAAUCGAGGACAUUUUAGUGAAAAUCAUCAGUCCUCCCAUCGAGAAGAUAGAAAAUAUCAAACUCAGACUGAAACGCCCCCUAGGUUUCAAAAGAAAUUUGAGGAAAUGAAUAAAAAUCAAUCAAACAACCCUUAUAAAAGCUAUAAUAAUCAUAGUCAGUACAACAAUCGCCGCAGUGAUAGGAACUAUAGUGACAGCAAAGUCCACCAGCAAUCGCAGUACUCCAGCAAUGCUCAUUCCAUGGACAAGUUGGUAGAGGCGACGGCUAAUUUGAAUAUUAUGACAGCUCCACAAUGCAAUGCUGAAGACACAUCCUCGCCUCAUUACCAGUCGCAUCCUGAGACAGCAUAUCCCAAACAGAACUAUCAAAAUCCGAAUGUGCCAGAAAUGCUCCCAUUUAGGCGCCACAAUGACGUGCCAAAAUACCAGGAACAAUCUUAUCAGAGGCGUCAACAGCCUAAUGGUUACGUGGAGCAGAGUCAAAAUCCUAUGUAUCCAAACGUGAACUAUAUGACAAACGUGCAGGGAGGUUUCAACAAUCGUCAGUAUAGUUUCGGAGGAAGGCCUCAAGAGUUCAAUACUAUGAGGACGGGGGGACCGUUCUUGCCUGGCUCAUUGCUUGGCUUCCAGAAUGCUGCCGUGAAUGAGCAGGCUCGUGCGAUGCUGGGCGUCGCCGAGAUCAACUGGAAAGUGGGAGAUCGAUGUCUAGCUCUUUACUGGGAAGAUAACAAUUUCUACGAAGCUGAGAUUACCGGUAUAUCGGCCAACACGGUUGUAGUGAAAUUUUGCGCAUAUGGUAAUCAUGAAGAAGUGCUGAAGUCCAACUGCUUGCCCUACCCAAAUCAAGCGUCUUCGAGUGGUGGAUACGCGUCGCGCGGUGUUUUCUCGGCGCGGAGGCCCUAG